AUGUUGAAAAUUAAAGCCAAGAAGUUCGUAGCAUAUUCUGGGGUAAUAGCCCUAAUCUUAGUAGUCAACUUAUACUUUAUAACGAAGCGUACUUCUUUAUCUCAUAAAAUAAGAACCUUUUCUGACAAGCAGACUUAUAACAGCUUGAACGAAGAUCCUUUCCACAGUGAAUCAGACAAUUAUCAAUCUUACUUAGAUGAACCAGGUACUACUUAUGAUGAGUCAAUAGGUGAUCCAAAUCACUUCCAGGAACCUCAAGAUCGACCUGAUGAUACCAAUGAAGAAGAACUCGUAUUCAAUGGUAAAUAUCUGCCAGUAAACUUAUCCAUUUUGAAUACUACAGUAUUAAGGUCAUACAAGGAACAAUUCAAUAUUACUGAUGUUCGUAAUAUAUCAGAAACGUUUUCAGUCACUUACGAUAAUAUAUUCAAAAAUCAUCCUAAUCCCAUGGAAGUAUUAGGAAAUUUGGAUUUCAAUCAACGAUGUCAGUUAUAUUUUACCAAUUUAUAUCUUGAAGAUCAUAAUUGGUUUAUCAACCCUAACGAACCUUUACCAAUUUUCAGAUAUGAAUUUCCUUAUAAAGUGGGAUUACAGGAGUACGACUAUGAAGUGUGGGCUAAGAAUAAAGAAGAAGAUAUCAUUUAUCAAUAUAAGCUCGAACAUGGACUUUUGAGAAAGGAAGAAGGUGAAGAAACCAAUAAAGAAGAACUGAAUAAUGAUGGCGAUGAUACUGAAGACAGUACUGAAAAUAAGGAGAACCAUAACCAAGAUCAAAGUGAUAAAAAUGAAGAAAACAAUGAAGAUCAACUUAAACAAGAAGGAAAAGAUAAAUCUAAUCAGGAGACCAAACAAGAUGAUGAAAAUGAGCACCAAAAUACUGAGGAUAAGGAGAGUACUUCCGGAGAUGCCAACGAAGGUAAAGAAGAUGGGGAAUCCGAUCGACUCAAAUCGAAGAGGAACACAGAUGAAGAAUUCUCGAUUGAUCUGGAAGAGUUUGAGAAGUUCAAAAGAAGAAAACACGCAGAACUUAUGAAUGACCUUCGUACUGUUGAACAAAGAACUGUUGAUCUAAUGACACACAUUAGAGUAUUUAACAAGUGUUUCCUUUCUGUUAAUCAUCAUGAACUUGAAGCUAAAAAUAAUUUUAUCAAGAACCAAGUUGACUUUAUGAAUUCUGUUGCAGAUCAACAGCAGAUUGAGAAGCAACAACAGAAUAACGAGGAGGAGGUCACUUCUAAGUCUUCUAAAGUUGGAAAGAUAAGUCUUAGCGAAGUCCAACACACCAACAAAAAGAGGAAAUUGUCUGAUUACAUUUCUGACUACUGGAAAGUUUCUGACUUUAUGAAAUCUGGCAAGACAGAUACUCCUAAGGAAAGUAAUAUUCCUAAAUUUGUUUUAAAGAACAAAGAAAAAUCCGUUAGACUCCAAGGAUGUUCUAGUUUAGAGCCAAGAAUAUACCGUUGGUUAUCAUUCCAAUUUCCUAUCUUUGAAAGAUGGACUGGUCUCAUUGAAAUGUCUCCUCCCAAGUAUAUCAAUAAACCAACUGAAGAAUAUGGUGAUUCGACUGAAGAUUCUGAUGAUUGCUUCUUGAAUAGAUUUAGAUCUCAACUAAAUGGUAAGGGGAUUGUAUUAACUGCUGGAGAUCAUCAUGUAGAUGAAGUGAUUAAUUUAUUAAGACUAUUAAGAGCUCUCAAUAACAAAUUACCAAUUCAGAUAGUAUUUGUUGAUAACCUUUCUUCUGCCUCCAAAACUAGAAUAGUUCAUGCAGCUCGUGAAAAAAUGACUAGAUUACCAUCAUCGUUUAAGAAUGUUGAACAUUUAUUCCCGGAUGGACAUUCCUUGAAUCUUCCACCUCAAGAAGUUUGGUUUGUUAAUGUGUAUAAUGUGAUUCAAAGCUCUUAUAAAAAUAAGUUUUUAACAUUUGGUAAUAAGUUAUUAGCAUCAGUUUUUAAUUCAUUCGAAGAGUUUAUAUUAUUAGAUGCAGAUACUGUGAUAUUUAAGAAUCCUGAAUGGUUUUUCGAAAUUCCAAAGUAUAAGAAAUCAGGAGCUUUCUUUUAUAAGGAUAGAAGUACUACAGAUAUUAGACCCGAUAGUGAUGCUUAUUUCUUCAAGAAAUCAUUCCCAUCGACCAUGGAUAGUAUAAUGUUUGAUUUUCCUCAAGUGACUAAUAAGACUCUUAAUUUAGAUGCCAUGCAAGGUAUGUAUCAUUUUAUGGAAGCUGGACUUGUAGUAAUUAAUAAAGCUAGACAUUUUAAUGCUAUGUUAUUAUUACCAAUUAUAUAUUCUUGGGAACCUUUCCACUACAGAAGUUACGGAGAGAAGGAAUUCUUUUGGUUGGUGUUCCCUCUUGAAGGUAACGAAAAUUAUGAAUUCAAUGAAUAUCGUGCUGCAGCCGUGGGAGAAAUUAAUCAAAGAGGUAAGAAAGAAAAUGGAAAGAAAUAUCUUGCCAAACAACUUUGUAAUGCUCAUCCAGCCCAUAUACAUGAUGAAGACGAUUCAUUAGUUUGGUUAAAUUCUGGGUUCCAUUUCUGUGGUAAAUAUGAUAAAGUUGAUUAUAAGCAUGAUUUAGAAUUUCAAAAGAAUUACUAUGUUAAGACAUUUGAGACUGAAGAAGAGAUCAAGAAGUAUUAUUAUGAUCCCAUACCAAUAAAAUCAGCCAUCAUUCCUCCCUUCAAGAAUGCAUUUGAGAAUGUCGCACCAAAUGAUGAUGAUGAGCCACCAUUAGCGUGGGAAAUGCUUCAUGUAUUAUGUCAUGAUUAUAUGUGGUGUACAUAUAGUUCCAUUGGGUCAGGUGAUAAUUAUCAAAAGGGUAAAGUCAUUGAGUUCAAUGAAAAGGAGCAGCAAUACUUUAAGUUCUUGGGAGAUGUCUGGGUUGGUUAA